CCUCCUCACCUUUCGGCACCGCAAGCCUCCCCUUCACCUCCCGGCAGGUUCUGCACCCCCUUGGGCUGACUGCCAGCCUGACCACCUCCCCCUCCCCAAAACUAUCCACUCCCUUCCACCUGCCUUCCUUACCUACACCAUCCUGAGGGUUUUGUUGAUUCCCUUGGAGGUCUGCAGCAGCACCAUGGGAGCCCUGCGGUGUUUUAUACUCCUGCUGGCAGUGUACCACCUGUCUGAUGGAGGGAGGACAAGAGGGAGCAGAAUAGACAACAGAGAACCAAAUGGAAAAGUAAGAAUGAAGGCCCCGUACGUUCACAGAUCCAGCUUCCAGCUGUAUUCCGACGGAGACUCAGUGGAGGAAGCCUGCACAGUCCUGCCUUUUCAGCCUCAGACACUGGAGUCCUGUAGCUUCAAUGCGAGCAACCCCUUAAUCAUCAUCAUCCAUGGAUGGUCGGUGGACGGGUUGAUGGAACCUUGGGUGCCCCAGCUGGCCGGGAUCCUGAAGUCCUCUCUGAGGGACGUUAAUGUGAUGAUCAUUGACUGGCUUUUCCUGGCCCACCGGCACUACCCCAUUGCAGCACAAAACACCAGAGUGGUGGGACGAGAGAUCGGCCAACUUCUGCAGUGGCUCGAGGAGCAUUCUCACUUUGCCCCAGAGAAGGUUCAUCUGAUUGGCUAUAGUUUGGGUGCCCAUGUCUCAGGGUUUGCUGGCAGCCACUUGACUGGAUCCAGCAAAAUUGGAAGGAUCACAGGCCUGGACCCAGCAGGCCCCCUGUUUGAGGGGAUGUCCGGCACUGACAGGCUGUCUCCCGACGAUGCUGUAUUUGUGGACGCCAUCCACACCUUUACCCAGGAGCACCUGGGCCUGAGCGUGGGCAUUAAGCAGCCGGUGGCUCACUUUGACUUCUACCCUAACGGGGGCGCCUUCCAACCCGGGUGCCACUUCAAGAACCUGUAUGAACACUUAUCAGAGUAUGGGCUGCUGGGCUUCCAGCAGACGGUGAAGUGUGCCCACGAGCGCUCGGUCCACCUGUUCAUCGACUCGCUGCUGCACGGGGACAAGCAGAGCACAGCCUACCGCUGCAGCGACGACGGCUCCUUCGACAAGGGCGUGUGCCUGGACUGCAGGAAGAACCGCUGCAACACGCUGGGCUACAACAUCAACCGCGUGCGCACCGCCACCAGCAGGAAGCUCUUCCUGAAAACGCGCUCCCGCAUGCCCUACAAAGUCUAUCACUAUCAAUUCAAGAUUCAAUUCCUGAACCAGAUCGAGCGCAUUGAACCCUCCCUGACCAUCUCUCUCAUUGGGACCAAGCACGAGAAUGAGAACCUGCCCAUCACUUUUGUGGAAGAGAUCUCCGGUAACAAGACCUACACCUUCCUGAUCACGCUGGACUCAGACAUCGGCGAGCUGCUGAUGCUGAGAUUCCACUGGGAAGGCAGCGCUGUGUGGGCAAACUUGUGGAAUAAGAUGCAGACCAUCAUUCCCUGGAGCAAGAUGGCGAAGGCCCCAGAGCUGACUGUGGGAAAGAUCUGCGUCAAGUCAGGAGAAACACAGAAGAAGACGUCAUUCUGUGCACAGACGGAAGAAGAAAAACACAUUCCACCGUCGCAAGAAAAAGUGUUUGUGCGCUGUGAAAGGGGUCGCAGAAGACACGGGAGAGUGUACAGCUGAUUCCUGUGGACUUUUAUAAAGGACGCCAGUAAAGAACAGGGCGACUCGAUUCAAGAAACAAAAACUGUCUGAAUUAAAAUUUCUCCUUCCACAAGGAUCCUCUGGAGGUUCAUAUUUCGUGUGAACAAUAUUUUACAAAAUACAAUUACUAUCGAUAUGUAUAUGUGUUUUUGAAAGGUAAUAUUUUGUGUGUAUUUAUAUGUUCACACACACACACAUAAAACAUUAUAAAGACAAAGGCUUGUGCUGCAGGCUCAGGUAUAAGUGUGCAUUUAUACUGGAUUAAGCUCAUUUUAAAGGGGGCAGAGUAGGCUGAAGACCUGACUCAGUAAGAUACAGUAAAAUCAGCUGCAUCCAAGCAAGAUUAAACUUUUGUCAGACAGAGGAAACGCUCAUGCGAGUGCACAAAUUCCCACCGCUGGUGCUUAGAAAUCUGGUAUCGCCUGGCUUUCUGCACAAAAAGCACUUUUCCACAUUGAUGGUCUGUUGCCUUUGGUGAAUGAGACCCACAAUUUCAAGCAUUAGCCAGAGCUAGAAGCAUUCGCUGUGUCAUAAUCCACAAAACCAAGAAUAAACUAAAAAGUUAAAAUGAAAAA